CACACGCAGCUGCUGUUUGUCCACGAGUCUGAAUUUUUGCCUCUAUUAAUACAAGUUGUCUGAGGUGAGGUUGUUUUUGUAUAAUGUCUAGAAAGACCAUGAGUCCUCGUCUUACGCUGGGUGCUUUGAUCUUGCUGGCAUGUUGUAUGUCUACAGGAGCAGUGACUACAGACAUCUGUGAAGGUCAGCAGGCCACCCUGAACUGUGGGAGUUCUGUGAUCAACGUGGUCAGUGCUAACUAUGGACGCACCGACCGUGUGACCUGCAUCUCUGGUCGUCCACGACAUCAGAUUCGCAACACCAACUGCCUCAACCCCACAACCUUCCCGUUGGUGACUAGCAUGUGCAAUGGGCAUACAAGCUGUUCUCUGGAUGCCUCCAACUCUGUGUUCUCUGAUCCCUGUUAUGGAACCUACAAAUACCUGCAUGUGAUCUACAACUGCAUUCCCCCAAAGACGACAGUGAUCUGUGAAGGUCAGCAGGCUACCCUAAACUGUGGGAGUUCUCAUAUCAACGUUGUCAGUGCUAACUAUGGACGCACAGACAGGGUGACCUGCGUCACUGGUCGUCCACCAAGCCAGAUUAGCAACACCAACUGCCUCAACCCCACAACCUUGCUGUCGGUGGCUGGCAUGUGCAAUGGACAUACAAGCUGUUCUCUGUCUGCCUCCAACUCUGUGUUCUCUGAUCCCUGUUAUGGAACCUACAAAUACCUGUAUGUGACCUAUACCUGUGUUGGCUCCAGGCUCAGGGUCUCCUGCCACAUACUUAAUCCGUCCUGUGAAAUUGAAACCACUGCAUCUCAUACCCUCAUCAGCACCACAGUAUUUCAACCCCGGUCACUCAUCGCCAGUUCAACGCUUCUAGUAGACGUGUUAGUGUUGGCUCCUAACUUAAGAAAGACCAUGAGUCCUCGUCUUACGCUGGGUGCUUUGAUCUUGCUGGCAUGUUGUAUGUCUACAGGAGCAGUGACUACAGACAUCUGUGAAGGUCAGCAGGCCACCCUGAACUGUGGGAGUUCUGUGAUCAACGUGGUCAGUGCUAACUAUGGACGCACCGACCGUGUGACCUGCAUCUCUGGUCGUCCACGACAUCAGAUUCGCAACACCAACUGCCUCAACCCCACAACCUUCCCGUUGGUGACUAGCAUGUGCAAUGGGCAUACAAGCUGUUCUCUGGAUGCCUCCAACUCUGUGUUCUCUGAUCCCUGUUAUGGAACCUACAAAUACCUGCAUGUGAUCUACAACUGCAUUCCCCCAAAGACGACAGUGAUCUGUGAAGGUCAGCAGGCUACCCUAAACUGUGGGAGUUCUCAUAUCAACGUUGUCAGUGCUAACUAUGGACGCACAGACAGGGUGACCUGCGUCACUGGUCGUCCACCAAGCCAGAUUAGCAACACCAACUGCCUCAACCCCACAACCUUGCUGUCGGUGGCUGGCAUGUGCAAUGGACAUACAAGCUGUUCUCUGUCUGCCUCCAACUCUGUGUUCUCUGAUCCCUGUUAUGGAACCUACAAAUACCUGUAUGUGACCUAUACCUGCACAUGACCUACACCUGCGUGAGUAUUGUUGGGUCGAAGGAGUGGA